AUGUCGUCUGCUCCAACUGGUUCUGCUGCUCCGCUCACACCAGACUUGUUGAGGAGGUUUCUGAUCGACGCUCCAAGUGUAUUCAAGGACAAACUUCAACGAGGUAACGAAAAACAAAUCCUUUCCAAUUGUUAUCGGUCUUUAUGGAGUAACAACCUCGACUGGAUGCAACGCUACUUCUUCAAGGAAGGUUUAACCGACAAUGAAUCUUUGACUCAACUUUUGGAAAGACAUGACUUAUUUGGUGCUGUGGACAAUGAUGAUACCUCUAUGAAUAUUAUACAAUCGAAUCCUGAUAAUGUCCUGGUAGACUCUACUCAAGACGAGCCUGAAUAUUGGGAAUCUCAACGUGGAAAACAAUGUGGUCAUUUGUUCAAGAAAGGUGAAAGUGUUUAUCGUUGCAGAAACUGUGGAUUGGAUGAUACUUGUGUUAUGUGUUCAAGAUGUUUUCACGCAACUAACCAUGAUGGACAUGAUGUAAAAAUUUGGAUUAGCCGAGGUGCAGGUGGAUGUUGUGAUUGUGGAGAUCCGGAAGCUUGGAAAAUUCCUCUCGAAUGUCGUAUUCACUCAUUAUCAGCAACCCAUAAUGAUGCCGGUGUCAAGAUAGUUCGACCCACCAUGGAACCUUAUGAUACUAUCCCUACUGAACUACUCAAUUCUAUUCAUGACACCAUUGCUGUUGUGUUGGAUUAUCUCUUAGAAACAUUUGCUGCCUCUCCAGAAGAUGUAUCACCAGGCUCAAUUAUGGAUGUAUUGAAAGAUUGUGAAGAAUCUCAUGCUGCUCUUGGUAUUCGUGAUACAAGUAAAGAACGAAGAUCUGCUUACUCAUGUGUAUUGUGGAAUGAUGAACGCCAUUCUUUUGAAGAAGUAAACGAUAUUGUAGUAAGGGCAACCAAGUGCUCAAAGGCGGCAGCGCAAAAAGUGGCGGAAAAUGUGGAUGCUUAUGGUCGACAUGUUAUUCUUAUCUCUGAAAAUCUCAAGGAAGCGAUGAAAGUAGCCUUACAAAUCAAUAGUAUCAACUUGGCAGUUACUGUAAGAUCGACUGAAAAUACACUACGAGAAGAAAUAUGUGGUCUUUUAUUGGAGUGGCUCAAAGAUCUUGUUAGUGGACGCUUCAAGUUCUUUACCUCUGUGGAAGGUGGUACAUCUAUUUUACGUGAUACUUUAUGUAAAGUUUUAUGUGAAGAAUGGACUUUACGACCGGAUCUCGCUGCUUUAUCUACUCGAUCAAGACGUGGGCGUAGAAUGGAUGUUGACACUGAUGAUGAUUUUGACGCUCAAGAAAUGGAUAUUCCUGAUGAUGAUGAAGAUGAUGGUGAUGUGGACGAAGAUGAAGACAAUGGUAGUGAUGACAAUGAUGAUACAGAAUAUCAUGAUGCUGAUGACGAUAUUGAAAUGCAUGAUGCUACUACUUCGACUGCUUUGACACGCCUUUUUUCUGAAGUUAUUAAUGACCCCAACAACUCUUCUGUAACGACUACCCAACAUUCCGUCAGUUCCGACGAUAACAACCAUCCUCAACAAAUUACUACUGCUGCUUCUGCUGCUGAUACAACUAGUACAUUAUUAGAACAACCCGGCAGUACUCGACGUCGACAUUCAAAUACCACACAACAAAAGAAACAGCAAUCGGAUAUUGUUGAUAUUGGUUACGAUUUGGAUGAAUGGCUGGCCCAUACAGAGAAACUGGAUAAAUUUGAACGUGAAUUAGCACAAUCCCUAGGUAUUCCUUUAUCAUCUCCAUCAAAACCUGUAUCUGAAGCCAACAAAUCACUGAAGAAGGAAUUCAAGCGGAAACUUCGACUAGAUUAUCUUUUACAAUUCGAUCUUCGGUUAUGGAAACUAGCUCGUGCUUCUAUCAAGGAUAUUUUGAUUGGUACUUUGAUUUCAAAUUUUGACUAUCGUCCUGUACUAGGUACUCGAUUUGCUCGCAACUAUCCUGAUUUGGUGGAUGCUUUCUUUUUUAAGGAUCGUGAACCAGAACACUCUGUUAGCUCACUAUCGGUACAAUUAUUGACGGUCCCUACGGUUGCUUGGAUGUUGGUCAAGGAAUACAAAUUUUUUGGCAUUGUCAGUUCUAUUUUAUCCAACUUCUUUUUGACAGAUCAUAUUCACAUGUUAUUACCUGAAAACUAUCGCAAGAUGCAAGUAGAUUGUCGUUCAAGAUCCAUCACUCGACAUCGCUAUGCCUAUACCUUUUUUGAUCUACGAUAUGUACUGAAUGCCGAUCUUGUCAGAGUGGAAGUAUCUCAAGGACCUGUGUAUCUGCGACAUUUCUUGGAUGUAUUGUACCAAUUUCAAGCCAUGGAUCCUUUAGAACGCCAAAUGGACACUCAUGUUGAAUACGAAUCAAGUUCCUGGGUUAGUGCAUUUAAUGUGACAUUACAAGUAUCCAAGCUCUGUCGUCUCUUUGCUGGUUGCUUUUCUCCUCAUCUAUUAUCUUCUUCACCAACCUCUGAUAAAUUGACAACGGCGGAAGCAGCUCGAAAUCUAUGUCGGUCCAUCUAUCGAGUAUUACAUCAAAUUGGCGAAUGGGAUCCUCACAAAUCAACUGAACAACAAAGUAUAGAAGGCGAUAUCUCUGCUGCAAACGAUGGUGGUGCACAACUUCUUAUCCGUGGUGUCAAUCAACAAAAAUUCCAAACUAUCAAAACACCUUAUUCUGGAACAUUUGAUGUGGUGGAUUAUGAUGUUGCGAAGGAACCUGUCUCUUUUCAUCAUCCUUUCCAUUGGCUAUUGUCUGAACUGUUGGAACAUAUCUCAUUAUUACAAGCUGAUCUCUUGGCUGAUCUUGGAUGGACUGGUGGAUUUAAACAGAUGAUUCAGAUGCCUUCGUCUCAGUUACCUUAUGAUUUGUUCUUGACCAUAUUGGAUUAUCCUUUACGUACUAUUGUUAUGCUGGCUCAAAUCAACUGUGGAGUUUGGGUUAGAAAUGGUUAUGGUAUUCGGAAUCAGGCUAGAACAUAUCGUGAUAUCAGUGUGCGUGAAAAUACGUUUGAUCGGGACAUUUAUCUAUUACAAGUUGGUUUUGUUGCUACGAAUCCUGAUCAUCUUUUGGUGACCAUGUUGGAUCGAUUCAAGUUAUGGAACUGGUUUAAUGGAAAAACUCACAAAGCUCAUCCAGAUUAUGAAGCAAGUCAACUUAUAUUCAUUGUGGAAGAAUUUCUAAAUCUUUUGGCUAUUUGUGCAACUGAACGUGGAUACGCUUCAGCUAUGUCUACUGAAGAUCAAAUUCGACGAUCUAUCAUUCAAUACUUGGGUAUUUCUAGUUUGGCUUAUUCUGAACUUGUGAAAUUGGUUCCGGAAAGUCUUAGUGAAAACGAAUCCUUUGAAACGAUACUUGAUACUUUGGCUACUUACAAGGCUCCGGAUGGAUUGAAUGAUCAUGGAUUAUACGAACUCAAGGAUGAAUUUUAUAGUGAACUGGAUCCUUACUUUUGGCACUUUACUCGUAAUCACCGUGAAGAAGCACUUGAAGCGUUACGAAAACACUGGAAGAAACACCAUCCUGAUGAAAAACUUGAUGACAAGGAAGAAUUCAUGGUGAUACCCCAACUCGUCAACAUUGAAUCUGGACCAUUUACUCAUUUGGGUGACUUUUUACAUUCAGCUACUCUAUGCCAAAUCAUCACACAUGCAUUAUGGAAUACCAAGGUUUCUCCCAAUCCAAGCGACACUGUACUAGAAACCACACUCUAUUUGGCCAUGCUGGCAGUGACAACAGAAGAUCGAACACAAACAUCUCGUGAUACAAAAGGAAAACAACGUGCUGAAGCAAUGGAGACAUCUGACGACAUUGAGCGACAAUCUGGAUUUAUUCAUCACGCUAUUACAAAGGAAUACGCCAUCACUAUCAACAGUAUUGAACGCAUUCACACCACACUACUUACAGUUUUACUUAAAUGUUUAGACGACAAUGAUUUGAAACACGUGCACAAGCGACUACACUUCAUCGUUGAAAAAAUUGAGCAACAAGGAUCGGAUGAGGCAAAAUCAAUUAUUAGAGAAUGGCGACAAGCAUUCGACCAAGCAGCAGCAGUAGCAGAAGCUAAUCAAACAGCAUCAAGCGCACAAUCUGAAUACGAAAGAAAGAAGGCUGCGGCAAAGGCUCGUCAAGCGGCUAUUAUGUCUCAAUUUGCUCAGGCACAAUCUCAAUUUAUGUCACAACAUGGAGAACUCUACGAUGAUGAAGAUGAUGACGAACUUGCUGCUUUUGAAGAUGGAAACGAUGAUAUGACCAAGAAUGAUAUUCUUCCUGAAACAGUAGACGGUGAAUUAGAAGUUGAACGACUAUGUCAUUUUCCUGCUGGCACCUGCAUUGUCUGUCAAGAAGAACUCGACCGGAAUAAACUUUAUGGUGUCUUGGGACUUAUUCAAAACUCACAUAUUCUUCGACAAACUCCUUUGAAGAAUUCGAAUAUAUUGGUGGAUAUUUGUGAAACUGCUCAAGGAAAAAACCCUGCUAUUGAACGUACUGAAGCCAUCCCUGGUCAAAAGACAGAUCUUCAUGGAUUCCCUUCUGAUGCUCAUUUUGCUGGUGCUCAAGUAUCAUCUUGUGGUCAUCUGAUGCAUGCUCAAUGUUUCAAGAACUAUCAAGCAUCAGUUGAAAACGAAGUGUUAGGUUCAUUGCGAGAAAUCAUGCCAACUUUUGCUCCUCGUCGACGAUUUUUAUGUCCUCUGUGCAAGGCUCUUGGCAACACUCUUUUACCUGUGGUAUGGAAAGGCAAGACAGAAUCCUUCCCUGGUGUGAUGGCUCCUCAUUCUCGAUAUGAACUAACAGGUGAACGUCUUGAUGAUGCAAUUCAACAUUAUUCUCAACAGCGACAUCAAGAAGAACCCACUACUCAGAUCCCUGGAGCUUUUCAUUCAUCAUCUUUACUUUCAGACUCUGCUGCUGCCAUCAUCAAUAAUCAUGACGCCAACCUGACACCCGAUAAAUUAGAAUCUCUCUCGGAACUCUACCAACAAUUGAUGAAGACUUUGGAAAUGAUCAGGGCGAAUGACAAGAUGGAUUCUCAACUAUUAAUAGUGGAUACGAGAAAACCUUUGAUGCAACUUUUUGAUAUGUAUGCUUACACCAUUGCAUCCAUCGAAAUCGGACAACGUGGUGUGGAUGAAUCAUCAAGUAAACGUGAUCUGACUGUAGAAUAUACUGGAACCUUUUUGGAUGGCAUCUCGAUUCAAACACAAACUCUACUCAAAAUCCUCGCCAAAACCAAUGAUCUGUUACCGAAAGCAUUAAACAUCAACAUGAUUUCCGAAAAUCGACACAGCAUGAAACGAUUGGCAUUAUCUACUCUUCGUCAAGUGAUGUAUCAAGAUCUUCCUUUCUCAGCAGAUGGUGUUGACAAGCCUCAUAUUACUCCUCUUCUUUGUGACGAUCCUUUCAGUGUUCUGACUCGACUUGGUUUUUGUGUAUUGAAUGAUGAUGAUUGUGGAUUGGAAGUGCAUCACCUUAUGCGGCUUUUAUUAUUAGCGGAAAUCACCAAGACUGUGAUUGCUUUGAUGCAAGGACUAACUGGUAGUGAACAAAUGGAGGAUGUCCGUGUGAUGGAAAGUUUACAACAAGUGAUGACAAGCGAAACUUGGAAUGACAAUACGACGACUGCUACAUCAGUACGACAAUUUGCUGAAAGCAUCAUGCAGAUAUUGGAGGUACCAUCCAGCUUUGUGGAAGACUUUUUCCGUCAAAUUGAUCCUCAGGUAUUGGUGGCUCUGAUUCAUACAUUUACUUUACCUUUUCUCCGCAAAUGUUUAUUCCUGAUGGUUGUUCAUCAUGGUUUUGUACCUCAAUCUCCAAAUGAUGACCUCGGUUUGGAUGAAGAUAUUGACAAGAAAAACUCGACUUUGGAUGAAUACAAUCAUCUUCUCUCUAUCUUACGGCUCCCUGCUUUUGACCAAUUAUUUUCAUUGGAAGAUUUUGAACAACAAAUUCUUACGACAUGGUGUCAACAUUAUCGUGAUCAUUCAUUGAAUAUGCAACCCAUUAAUGAAUCCUCCUCAUCGUCUGCAGGAAUGGUAAUGAAAGGAGGACAGACGCCAGCUUAUGCUCGAUUGGUACAAUUGAAUCUCAACCUUCCUACUCCUUUCUCGAUGGUAUCUUUACCUUAUCGUAUGGAUCAACUCUUUGAUGAAAGUUCUAGACGAGUGUGUCGAAACUGUAAGACAAUUCCUGAAGAUCCUGCUCUUUGUUUGAUGUGUGGUACUUUUGUAUGUGCACGUCGAUAUUGUUGUAUGACUAGAGACCGUGGUGAAUGUAAUACUCAUAUGCGAAUGUGUGGUGGUGAAAUUGGUAUUUACAUGGUGAUCAAAGAAUGUUUUAUUUUGUUUCUACAUGAUAAUGGUGGCACUAUCAUGAGCGCUCCUUAUCUUGAUGCUCAUGGUGAAGUAGAUCUAUUCCUAAAACGUGGUGCACCUCAAUAUCUCAAUUCCAAACGGUAUGAACAACUUCGACAAAUGUGGUUAUCUCAUUCUAUUCCAGCAUUUGUAAGAAGACGUAUGGAGGUAUCUUACAAUUAUCAACGUUGGGAAAAUUGGUAGUUUUAUCAUUCAUGAUGAUGUAUUUUAUUAUUCUUACUUUUAUCUUUGUACACACUCUUGACAUAUUUUUUCUUUUUUCAUCCCAACUUUAUCCCUUUGAUUUAUUUAUUUAUUUCUUUACAAAACUCCAUUGUACACAAACAUAUAUCUAUACUAUCUUCUUUUUUUUUUUUUAUCCAAUUAUACAAUCACUU